AUGAAAAAGUAAACGAAAGGAGAGCCUGAUCUUUUGAUUGAGUCAAUGCAAAAACUAAUAGAGUAAAUGUGCUAAUGUUAUUAAUGAGUCAUAUGAAUGAUAGUAAACAACAUUAAGAGGAGAUAUUUCAAUCACUUACACCUACAGAUGUUCAAAAAAUAUUAACAAAUUUUGAGGAUAAAAACUAAAUAAUGAGAAAGACUUCAGCAGCUUUUUUAUGUGAACUUGUAUUCGACAAUCCUACAGUUUAAAAAGGAUUUUGUGAGAUUUCAAAUAUAUUACCUAUGGAUGGCAAAGUAAGUAAUUAAUGAAAUUAGAUUUGUGUAAACAAAAUACCAUAAUCAUUAUUGAGUUAGUCUAAGAAUUUACCAGAAAUCUUUGAAACAAUAAAAAAUGCUUAAAUACCAUUUGAUAAUGAUUUAAAUUAUCCUUUAUGUUGGUAUUUUGAAAAUUAGAGAGACAAAGUAUGGAAAAAGGGUGUAAAAUUUAUUAAGUUUGAGAAAAGCAAUAAUGGAGCAAAGAAUAGAAUAGAAAAGUUCAUAGAUCCAUAGUUACAUCUAUUUGGUUUCAUAAUUGCAAAUAAAAAAGAUAUAUAAUCUUAAGAUGAAAUAAAGAAAGCAACAAUAUAAACUAGAUAAUAAUAAAGUGUGUCAACUUAUGAAUCAAAUGUGAAACGAAUUCCUAAUGUUUAGAAGAUGAGACCUAAUUCAGGACAAUCUCCAAUUCAAUCAGUUAGUCCAUUAAUAAAAAGACAAAGAGUAAUGAAUGCUUCUGUAGAUUAUGAUACUAGUGGAACUAAAUCUUCUCUUGGAAAAACAAUUAUAGAAACAGAAUAAUUAUAGACAAUCAAUGAAAUUGAUAGGCCUAAAUCAAAAUUGGAGACUAAAAAGAGUACAACAAACAAUAAUAUUUCAAAUAUCUAGAAGAGAUUUAAAUGAUU